AUGAGUGAUGCAUGCAUAGCGAAUGUGCCUAAGAUUGUACAUUCACCACUAUGGCUCACAGCGACGAUCUCGCAAAGCGUCUUCUCGGUUCUGACUCUGGUUGUCAGCAUAUUCUUCUUGCGGAGAUUGAGAGAUCCGACUAUAUUCAGCUUUUCCACAAUUGCCCUACUCACACUCGCCGCUGUAUUUGCCAAUGUGCAUGCACUCGAUGUGAUUGGAAUACAUACACAUCACUUUGUGCUCAGCAGUCUCUACAACACGCCGUGUGAAUUAACUCUGCGUACUCGAGACUGUGCCUUUGCGAACUAUAUGUUGAUUUGCUGCAUCAUUGGAAUGGUGUCCUGCCAGAAUAUGCUGUGGAUUGAUCGCGCUUUAGCGACCGCAUGUCCUAGCCCAUAUCAUAAACGAGCCAAGCCGAUCGGAUUUGCCCUAGCUGCUUUAGUGAUACUUACAUCAUUUUUGGUGCCUUUCUUGAUACUGCGGAACGAUCCGUACGAUGACUACGUGAUUACAUGUUUCAACACUCCACGAGGAAGUGCAGCGCAAGUGAAUGACAUGUUCUACUCACUCAUCUGUCUCAACUUUGUCGCAGUUAUCGCCAACGCAUUUCUAUUCUUCGUCAACAAGCAAAAAGAAAGAAUGUUACGGUUUAACGUCAGCCAUCGGUAUCUAGCUUACGAAAAUACAAUGGUGAGCAAAUGGAUUGGACUUAUUGCUGUUACACAAUUUGUGGUGAUGACUACGUAUUCGUCUGCAAUGUAUGCCAUUAGAACAACGGCAAACAUGCCUGAUGUACUGAGAGCAAAUUUAAGGACUGGUUUUUAUUUAGUGCCUCUAUCGACAUUCAUGCUACCUCUAAUCUCGAUUGUGGCUCUACGAUGUGUGUCACAACGGCGACAAAGUUCGAUCACUCGCUUAACUCAUGAACAAGUUGAUCAGACCGCUUACAUGAGUGGUUUAGAACAAAUGUGGAAUAAAACAUGACUUCUGA